AGCAAAUAGAUGAAGAAAGGCGUAGAGGAAGAGGAAGCACAACACAGUUGGAUUGGUAAGUACUACAACAGGAUUGCAAAAAUUCGAUAAAGAUGGCAUCUUCUGAGGAUUCGUUGAAGGAGAGAUUACAGGAUUUGCAGAAACAACUGGGAAAGAAACAGAAGUUUGAAGAGGCCGUCUCAUCCAUUAAAUCUUUGCUUAUCGAGACAUAUCCCUCUGCUUCUCCCACCCUCCGCAAACCGAUUUAUUCUACUGUUUGUAGGGUUGCAACUAUUUUGCAAACAAGAUACACAAUACCCGGAUUCUGGCUUGCUGGCCUGGGACUUUUUCAGGAGGCUGAGCGCCUUGUUCUUGAAUCUUCUGAAAGGCAACACUUGAAAACCUGCAUUGCAAGAGCACGUGAACAUUUGCAUGAGCUUGAGAAUAGGCCGGAGUCCGACUCUGAACACAACAGACCUAGAGAUUCAAGAUAUCUCUUCGAAGGGCAUCUGACUGUAGAUCCUGAGCCCUCACGUCCUGCAUGGCUUGUGGCACAGGAUUUACUGGCUACCAUUUCUGCAGCUGAAUCUUCUCAAGGCCAGACAGAGAAUAUUAACACACCAGAAAUUACAGAGCAGCUGAUAAAUAUGAUUGACCCACUAGAACUAGAGGCUGUCAUUCAGAAUUCAUUGCAGGAAUUUGUGCAUCAGAGACGGCCCCCUGCUGGUAAGGAGGUGGUUGCAAAACUUCCAAUCAUUACUGUUACAGAAGAAGUUCUGGCAAAAUUUGGAAGUGAGACAUGCUGCGCCAUUUGCCUGGAAAAAUUUGUUCCGAAUGACAAGUUGCAGGAAUUGCCUUGCAAAAACAUGUUUCACCCACCUUGUCUAAAGCCAUGGCUGGAUGAAAAUAACUCCUGUCCUGUUUGUCGGUAUGAGCUACAAACUGAUGAUUAUGAGUACGAGAGGCGGAAAGAGAGGGAAAAGGAGGCUGAAGAAGAAAGGAAAGGAGCUGCAAAUGCCAUACGUGGCGGUGAGUAUAUGUAUGUCUAGAUGUAAAGGCUUAAUUUUCAGGAUAAUUAUCAUCCUACAAUUGUAUGAUGCAUAUUUUGUACUGAAAUCAUAUCUUUAUUUCCGUUCAUUUACUCCAUGUUGUAUCAGUUUUAGAAUAACUAUAUUGUCUUCAUUUGUGUCUUGCACAGCAACAGCCAAAAACAUUUUAAUGGUUCUUCCAAUGAGUUGCUCUU